AUCAUAGUACGUCAACGUCAACGAUCGUGUUAUUUCAUAACCUAAAAUUUUUUGACAAUUUUGUAAAAACAUUGAAAACAAAACAAUGUACAAUGGGUGAUAAUGUACCUGCGGUGAAGAGGUACAGACGUGAAGAAAACGACGAAAAGUCAGAUUCUGAUGAUAAUUACGUCCCAUACGUACCGAUUAAAGAACGAAAGAAGCACAAACUAUUGAAAUUGGGAAGAUUGGGACAGCUAAAAGAAUCUGAAUUAAAUAAACCAAAAUCGUCUAGUGAAAAUGAAACGAACGAUGACGAGGAAGAAGAUGAAGUAUGGGGGCGUAAAAAUAAUAUAUCGUUGUUGGAUCAACAUACAGAGCUUAAAAAACUGGCAGAAGCCAAAAAGGUGAGUGCUGUAGAACGACAGUUAAAAAAAGAAGAAGAAAUAUUGGAAAUAGUAGCAGAGAAGAAAGCUUUGAUGGGUGUUUCUGAGUUAGCAAAGGGUAUUCAGUAUAGCGAGCCAAUAAAAACUAGCUGGCGCCCACCACGUUACAUACUAGCAAUGCCUGAAAGUCUACACGAAAAAAUAAGGAAUGAUCUUCGAAUUCUGGUGGAGGGGGAUGAUAUUCCCGCCCCUCUGAGAUCUUUCAGAGAAAUGAAACUUCAUGAAGGAAUUAUAUCUGGCUUGAAAGAAAAGAAAAUUAAGAAACCAACCCCCAUUCAGAUACAGGGAAUUCCAACAGUGUUAUCCGGCCGGGACAUGAUUGGAAUAGCAUUUACAGGUUCCGGAAAGACCCUAGUUUUCGUACUCCCUCUCAUCAUGUUUUGCCUAGAACAAGAAGUGAAACUGCCUUUCAUUAAAAAUGAAGGCCCAUAUGGGCUCAUAAUUUGCCCAUCGCGAGAAUUAGCGAAACAAACGUUUGAUAUUAUCCAACAUUUCUGUGGUAGUUUACGUAAACAUGGGUUGCCUGAAAUUAAAAGCUGUUUGGCUAUUGGGGGCGUACCGGUGUCAGAGGCCGUUGACGUGAUACAACGAGGUGUCCACAUUAUGGUGGCAACUCCCGGACGAUUAAUGGACAUGCUGGAGAAAAAAAUUGUUAAAUUGUCGGUUUGUCGCUAUUUGUGUAUGGAUGAGGCGGAUCGUAUGAUCGAUUUGGGUUUUGAGGAAGACGUACGAACUAUUUUUUCGUAUUUUAAUGGACAAAGACAAACGCUCCUUUUCUCCGCCACAAUGCCCAAAAAAAUCCAAAACUUUGCCCGUUCGGCUUUAGUCAAGCCGGUUACCAUCAACGUGGGCCGAGCUGGAGCAGCUUCAAUGAACGUCAUACAAGAAGUUGAAUACGUAAAACAAGAAGCCAAAGUCGUGUAUUUGUUGGAAUGUUUGCAGAAAACGCCACCUCCGGUAUUAAUUUUUGCAGAGAAAAAACAAGACGUGGACGCCAUUCACGAAUAUUUACUUCUGAAAGGUGUAGAAGCUGUGGCGAUUCACGGCGGAAAAGAUCAAGAGGAGCGUUCAAGGUCUGUGGAAGCUUUCCGCAAGCACGAGAAAGAUGUCCUUGUAGCCACUGAUGUAGCGUCUAAAGGUCUGGAUUUUCCUGAAAUUCAACAUGUGAUAAACUAUGAUAUGCCCGACGACGUGGAAAAUUACGUGCACAGAAUUGGCAGGACUGGCCGGUCCGGCAAGCAAGGUUUAGCCACGACGUUUAUCAACAAAUCAAAUGACGAAUCAGUUCUUUUGGACCUGAAACACUUAUUAAUGGAAGCCAAACAAAAAGUUCCCGCGUUCUUGAGCGAAUUGUGUUCAGAGAGCGAGAAGUACCUGAACUUGGGAGAUGACAGAGGCUGCAGUUAUUGUGGAGGUUUGGGUCACAGGAUCACGGAUUGUCCAAAAUUAGAAGCUCUUCAAAACAAACAAGCUUCCAAUAUCGGACGGAGGGAUUAUUUAGCGAAUACUGCAGCAGAUUAUUAGAUUGUUAAUAUUAACCUUUUAUUAAGUCCCAAGUCUUACAAUAUAAAAUUACAUUUACGGAAAA